GAAGGGAUGAUGAAAGAACGUUAAAAUAAUGAAAAAAGAACGAACAUAAAUUAAAGAUAAUAAUUAGGGAGAAAUUCGGAAAAAGAAAACGACGAGAUGUAAAGAAGAACAAACACUCGAGACUACGAUCGAUCUAACAAACGACUUAUUCUCGUUCGAAUCAACGACCGGUAGACAAGGAUAGAGAUAUACAGAAACACAGGUUCGCACGAUCUGGCAACAUCGCGUUCGGAUCGCUGUAGCGGAGUCUACGUACGGUGGCGUCAGUAUUCCGCGAGCUUCCAUCGCGUACUCUUCAAAGAAAUCGUGACAGUGAUUGAUCGAUCGAUCGAGCGACCGAGCAAGAGAGCGAGCGAGCUAGCUAGCCGGAUUUUAGAGGUCGAAGAGAAACUGCGAAGAAAAGUCGCCUUUUUCGAUUGUUAAGGUACAACGAAGGAGAGAAAAUGGCGGACACGGAUGGACAUGAGAAUGGCACCAGCAACGGCGAUGUGCCUGAGAUCGAGCUUAUCAUCAAGGGGCAGGUCGUUGAAAUCACGAUUCAGGAAUAAAAUGGACGCGUCAACGAUCGAUGGUCGUCGAAAAGGCGCUUGUCUCUUUUGUCAGGAGUACUUUAUGGAUUUGUACCUUCUCGCCGAGUUAAAGACGAUCUCGUUGAAAGUAACUACCGUCGAUAUGCAAAAACCACCACCUGACUUUCGUACCAAUUUCCAAGCGACCCCACCUCCUAUCUUGAUCGACAAUGGCGACGCCAUAUUGGAGAACGAAAAGAUCGAACGACACAUCAUGAAGAAUAUACCCGGUGGACAUAAUCUUUUCGUACAGGAUAAAGAAGUUGCCACUUUAGUAGAGAAUUUGUUUAGCAAAUUGAAAUUGCUACUGCUCAAUGCAAAAGACAAGGAUAAAGAUCCGAAGUCAUCCUCUUUGAUGGCACACUUACGAAAGAUCGACGAACACUUGGGUCGCAAGGGUACGCGCUUUCUCACGGGCGAUACGAUGUGCUGUUUCGAUUGCGAACUCAUGCCACGACUUCAACACAUCAGGGUCGCUGGGAAAUACUUUGCGAAUUUUGAAAUUCCCGAAAGUCUGGUACAUCUUUGGAGAUACAUGCAUCAUAUGUACAGGCUUGAUGCAUUUCUACAAAGUUGUCCGGCCGAUCAAGACAUCAUUAAUCAUUAUAAAUUACAACAGAGCAUGAAGAUGAAAAAGCAUGAGGAAUUGGAGACGCCAACGUUCACUACCAGCAUCCCUAUCGAGGUCAAUGACGACUAGGCUGGACCUUCGUCGAGUCUAAGAUCUCUUUUUUUUUUUUCUUUUCCUUGGAUUCGAGACGAUAUAGUCAACAUCAUCAACGAUAACAACAACAACAACAAAAAUAUUAAGAACAACAACACAGUCCUCCUAAUACGAUCGACCUAUCGCGACAAUGAAUAUUUGAUGUAAGCGAAGUUUCGAUGGACCGUGUUUCGAACUUGAAGAUGAAUCAUUCGUGUCUUAUCGUUAGAGAAGGAAGGAAGGAAUGGAGAAAAGGAGAACAUUCCAUCGAAACUUCUCGUCGUUUAAAAAAUUGCUGUUGACACGAUUAAGUCGAUCAAUGUAAAAAAUAUUUCGAAAAGCCUUUGCUACAUAUAUAUAUAUAUAUAUAUAUAUAUAUGUGUGUGUGUGUGUGUAUGGCUGAGCCAAAUCCAGACUAACUUAGCUUUUUUAUCGCGGUACUUUGAACAAGUAAAAAAAAAAAUAAUAAUAAUAAAAAAAAAAGAGAAGGAAGAAGAAGAAAAAAAAACAGAAAAAAGUCUACAAGCCCAAGUUUGAUUCUUUAUUUAAAUUUACAUGCACGUAUGUACAUACGAGUAUAAAUUGACAGCGUCGUGUUUCUUUUCCGCUUAUUUUUCUUUGAUUUUUAAUAUUACAUACGAAUAAUGUAUGUAAACGUUUAUCAGUAGAACAACGCAACGUUGCGUUGAUAAUAAAUCGGACUUGUCAUUUUCGAUGAUGGCGAUUAUUUCUAUUUGGUAAUAAAACGAAGAAGAGAUAUUACGAAUAGGAAUAAGAGUUUAUUUUUUAUUUUUAUUUUUAUCUUUCUUUCUUUCUUUCUUUUUUUUUUUUUUUUUUUCUUUCGAGGCAACGAGCGAGCGUGUGAUGAUAAGAUGAAAGAAGAAAAAGAAAGGAAAAAGAAAUUUAAAAAAAAGAAAUACAUACUAUAAAUAAUUACAUAAAAGGUAAAAAAAUAAAUAAAUAAAUAAAUAAAUAAAAAAUCACGAAGAACACAGGAGAAACGCCGUGCAUCGAAGAAGGAAGAAGAACGAUCCCAUUAAAGUAUAUAUUAUAUUUACUUGUGGGAUUGAUGGUCUUACGUCAGGGCUUAAAAGUAACGCUUUUACGCAUGGGGGAGGGAUGGGAGGAGCGACACUUCCUCUUUGUUGUGUCCGCAUCUUUAUUUUAUAACACUCCGAAAGAUAACGUCUAGUCUUAAUCCAUCCGGAGCUUGAGUCUUUUAAAACGAAUCUUUACCUAAGGACUUUGUUUGAAAAUGUUAUUAGACGACUUAUCGCAUUAGUCAGAACGCUUUGUUGUUAGCUUCUCAUAGGCUUUUUCAUCAUUUAGUGUAAUACAAAUUCUUUAGAAAAUGUUAUGCAUGGAAACAUUAAGGGGUAAAGGAUAUUCGUCGUGUAAUACAAAGAAGGAAUGUACAUACAUAAUACAUACAUGCAUGCAUGCAUACAUGUAUUUCAACUAGCUCGGCAUUGCACGGUACAUACGUUUCUUCUACGAGUUCUUCGACACGCGAAAUACCUUGUUACGUUUACAUUUUCGUUAUCCACUUAUAGGCGAGCGUGCGUAACCGAGAAGAUCAUAAGUGUCCGAUAAGAGCAAAAGUACAACGAUUUUUCCGUUCAGAAUGAAUAUGGCGGUUUUUCGUCGUACCAUUAAGCGCGAUUUUUGCAGAUCUUCCGCGUGCUUCUUCCGAACGUUCGCGAAUUAGUCGCAAACGUGGAUAAUUAUUAAUAAUGAUAAUAAUAUUGGAAGAUGGCAAAUAGAUCGCGACGUCGUUCGACUUUAUUAAUAAAAACUGAACGAAGCGAAUGCGCGAAUAAACGUCUAAUUGGAUAUUUCGUAAUAGCGGUUAUAUUAUUAUUAUUAUUAUUAUUAUUAUUAUUAUUAUUAUUAUAUUAUAUUAUUAUUAUUAUUAUAUUAUUAUAUUAUAUUAUUAUUAUUAUUA